CCCCAAGUGUGUCUUACGGAGCGAAAUAGUGCCCCAUCAUUGGUGUCAGUAGGAGGAAUAGUGCCCCAUCAUUGGUGUCAGUGGGAAGAAUCGUGCCCCAUCAUUAGUGUCAGUGGGUGGAAUAGUGCCCUAUCAUUGGUGUCAGUGGGAAGAAACGUGCCCCAUCAUUGGUGUCAGUGGGAAGAAAACGUGCCCCAUCAUUGGUGUCAGUGGGAAGAAUCGUGCCCCAUCAUUGGUGUCAGUGGGAGGAAUAGUUCCCCAUCAUUGGUGUCAGUGGGAGGAAUAGUGCCCCAUCAUUUGUGUCAGUGGGGGAGGAAUAGUGCCCCAUCAUUGGUGUCAGUGGGAGGUAUAGUGCCCCAUCUUUGGUGUCAGUGGGAGGAAUAG